GGCGCGAGGGGCCAGGGGCGCCCGGUGCCCGUGAGCAGAAUGGCGCGGGCUGCGACCAUGGGAGGUGUGGCUCUGCAAUUGGGGCUGGGGGCUUUGGCCAAGGCCACCCGGACACGGCUGCGUGGGCAGGAGCGGCCGCGGGCCCCGAGCCCCCUGCUGUCGGAAGCCUCCGCUGAGCGUUUGGUGGCCGCACUGAGCCGGGCCCGGGGGGCAGCGCUCAAGCUGGGACAGCUGCUCAGCAUGGCAGACCCGGCCCUGCUGACCCCGCAGCUCCAGCGGAUCCUGGAGCGGCUCCGGCACCACGCGGAGCCAAUGCCCGGCUGGCAGAGCUUCGCAGUCCUGGAUGAGGAGCUGGGUCCGGGCUGGCGGGAUCAGCUCCAGGAAUUCCAGGAAUUCCCUGUGGCCGCUGCCUCCCUGGGCCAGGUGCACCGGGCACGGCUCCGGAGCGGCGCCGACGUCGCCAUCAAAAUCCAGUACCCGGGCGUCGCCCUCAGCAUCGGCAGCGACAUCGAGAAUCUCCUGACGCUACUGAGCCUCAGCCCUGGCCUGCCCAAAGGGCUGUUUCCCGCUCACUCCCUGCGGACUCUGCAGCGGGAGCUGGAGCUGGAAUGCGACUACGAGCGCGAGGCCGCCAGCGCCGCCCGCUUCCGAUCCCUGCUGGGCUCGGAUCCGUUUUUCCGGGUGCCGGCCGUGGUGGCCCCGCUGAGCUCGCGCCGAGUGCUCUGCACCGAGUGGGGAAGGGGAGAGGCCCUGGAGCGCGGGCAGAGCCUCCCCCAGGAACGGCGGGACCAGAUCUGCUCCCAGCUGCUCCGGCUCUGCCUCCUGGAGCUUUUCCAGUUCCGUUUCAUGCAGACCGACCCCAACUGGGCCAAUUUCCUCUAUGACUCCCAGAGCCACACGGUAACGCUGCUGGAUUUUGGAGCCACCCGGGAAUUUGAGCGGGAAUUCACUGAUCACUACAUCGAGGUGAUCCGGGCCGCAGCUGAGAGGGACGAGGAGAAAAUCCUGAGGAAAUCCCGGGAUCUGAAAUUCCUGACGGGAUUCGAGUCCCAGGCUCUGCAGUCCCUGCACGUCCAGGCUGUGCUGCUCCUGGGGGAGCCCUUUGGGGGUCCCCAGCCCUGGGAUUUCGGGGCUCUGGGGGGGCAGCGAACGGCUCGGGGGGUGCGGGGACUGCUCCCCCAAAUCCUGCGGGACCGCCUGGGUCCCCCCCCCGAGCCCAGCUACGCCCUGCACCGCAAAUUGGGGGGGGUCUUCCUGGCCUGCGCCCGCCUCGGGGGGCGCGUGCACUGCCGGGACAUCUUCCAGGAGGUCUACGAGAGCUACUGGGGCCCCCAAAACCCCCUGGGGGACCCCAAAAUACCGGGGGGAGCCCCCGGAGCGGGGCGGGGGGACAGGGAGCCCCCCCGGUGAGGGUGGGUGGAGACCCCUCCCCAAUAAAGGGGGAUUUGACCCCAAAAUCG